CGGGGAAGCGGCGGAGGCGGUUGCGCGCGCCGUUACGGGAGCCGUCUCUUCCCUCGCCUGCUGGGGGCUGCCCUUUGAAAGCAGCGUGGAGUUUAUAUCGCCCAACUCGCCGGCUCCUACCGAGCGCCAUACCCCGCACGUCUAUUUUCUCCUUUAAUCGUCACGGCCAGCCUUUGAGGGACCUUCUAAUCCCCACCGCACAGUGCAGCUAUGGCUCGGGGUCCAAAGAAGCACCUGAAGCGUGUAGCAGCUCCAAAGCACUGGAUGCUGGAUAAGCUGACCGGCGUGUUUGCCCCUCGUCCAUCUACCGGUCCCCACAAGCUGAGGGAAUGUCUCCCUCUAAUCAUUUUCCUAAGAAACAGACUUAAGUAUGCCCUAACAGGAGAUGAAGUGAAGAAGAUUUGCAUGCAGCGUUUCAUUAAGAUCGAUGGCAAAGUCCGCACCGAUGUAACCUACCCUGCUGGUUUUAUGGAUGUCAUCAGCAUUGAUAAGAUUGGAGAGAAUUUUCGUUUGAUCUAUGACACCAAGGGUCGCUUUGCUGUUCAUCGUAUUACACCUGAGGAGGCCAAGUAUAAGUUGUGCAAAGUGAGAAAGAUCUUCGUGGGAACAAAAGGAAUCCCUCAUCUGGUAACCCAUGAUGCUCGCACCAUCCGUUACCCUGAUCCCCUCAUCAAGGUGAAUGACACCAUUCAGAUUGAUCUGGAGACCGGCAAGAUUACUGAUUUCAUCAAGUUCGACACUGGUAACCUGUGCAUGGUGACUGGUGGUGCUAACCUGGGAAGAAUUGGCGUGAUUACCAACCGGGAGAGACAUCCAGGUUCUUUUGAUGUCGUUCAUGUGAAAGAUGCCAAUGGCAACAGCUUUGCCACCCGGCUUUCCAACAUUUUCGUUAUUGGCAAAGGCAACAAGCCAUGGAUCUCUCUUCCCCGUGGAAAGGGUAUUCGCCUUACCAUUGCUGAGGAGAGAGACAAGAGGCUGGCAGCCAAACAGAGCAGUGGAUAAAAUGAUCUUUAUGUAACAUGAUUGGAAAAGUCUUUGUACUUAGUUAAAGAUAAUAGCACAUAAAAAAAUAAAGUUGUUUCCAGUCUGCUGCCAACAAUA